AAUGGGCUUCCAAAGUCAUGGAUGUAUGUUUAUAACUCAAGCUAGGCUAUGCCUAUGCUAUAAAAAGUAGCACGCAGGAGACCCAUAAUUGCCCUUGCCCGUUAUUGCUGUUGAACAGUUGCCUGGCCAUGCGCUGGUGCCCCUUUAAAAGGCUCUCCAUGUUGCCCUCACAUGUGAUCGGACAUACAGCGGCUCCUGGAUGAUGCUGUUAUGUAAAACACGCUACACUGCAAAAUAAGGUGUUUUAUUUUACACGCUGCAGAAUUAUUUUUUCUCUCCUGCUUUGUAGACCGUUCGGCUGAGGACUGUUACACUUUUAGGCUAACAACACUUCGGCUGCGAGCAGUCUUGUUUGUGACUGGUGCACAACUGAAAACUGCCUUGCACUGCCAUAACGGAUAAAGCGACGUGUUUCUCUACACUUCAGCCCCCCCCUCUCUCAAUCAGCCGUAUCAACUCGUGUGUGGAAAUAGAUCCGCGUUUGAGUUGAUGUAACGCUGGUAAACAGUUACAGGGAAUAUGCUACCUUUCGGAGAGUAGGAGGGUGGUUGGAGUGGUUUUGCUUCUUUCGUCGAUAAUAUAUAUAUUUUUUUUUUGGGGGGGGGGGGUUCUUCGAAUAGAGUGUAGGAAAGCUAGAGGAAACCAACAUCUAAUAAUUCGACGUUGACUUUCGCGGAAGGCUGAGUGAGACAAGCGCUUAAAGUCAAGAACAGAAGCCAGCAGCCCCAACGUCGGACUAACGUUGGAAGCUAGUUCGUCGUGUUUAGCGAUAUAUCUACCUCUAACAACAAGGUGUCCUGGUCACGAUUAUACUGUAGAUAGCCUACCUAAUAUAUUGUAAACUUGCCUAGGGAGGAGAGUGCCACAGAGACCCACCCGGGCCCAGUGGUUCAGCAUGUGAUGAUCCACGCCCGGAACGAAGGUUCCCUCAGCCAGAGCCGCAGCACAGGGAGGUGGGAACACUGCCCCCAUAGGCCACAUGGUGAGACCAUGGGUGGGGCCUGGCCUGAGCGCACGCUGCGAUUCGGCAGGACCUUGAAGAAGCGUAAGACCAAGCGAGGAAGUGGAGGGGUUAAAGAGAUGAGGGAGAAGACACCGGAACGGAAUAGGAGGCGGGGCAGGAAAUCAUAUCCCUUACGAGGAAGGGGAGGGUCUUCAGAGGAAGAGGGACUUAGCUGUCACGUUUUACUCACCCGGUUGGAGGAGGACAUCCGGGAGCAGGAGGACAUCAAUGAGAGGGGGAAUGAUUCGCCCACCCAACCGCCGGUUAAACCUGAAUCCCGGAUCAAGAAACUGGGCAAAGGAAAAGGCAAAGCCAAGGGGAAACUUCUGGCGAAGAAGAUGAUUCCCAAAAUUAUAUCCAAAACCACCAGUGAUGUGCAGGAGUCGCUGUCUCCAGAGCCGCGUAAGCGACGGCUAGCUUCUCUCAACGCUGAGGCGGUGAACAGUCUGCUGUUGGAGAGACCCAACGAGACCCAGCCGGCUGGCAAACAGGCCAGGAGACAGCAGGAGGAGCCCUCCAGCGGUGAGUCAACCCUGGGGACAGAUCCAGCUAGGAGCGGGGUGGCCAGAGGUCCUAAAGCUCCAAGAGCCAGCAGCAGCAAGGCCUCCGUAUUGCACAAGCCUGAACUGUGCCGACGCUCCAAAAAGGCCAAGAAAGUCUCCAAGAAACUGGCCAAACCAGAUAGAGGAGAGAAGAAAGAGACUGCGAUGAUGACUCUACAAAUGUUACACACCCCUGCUCCUCGACGGCUAGCUGGACUCAACGCUGCCGCGCUGCUAAAGUUAACGAGCACCUCCGCAACUAGCAAACAGCGAGUGAAACCAACAUCGACUACGACGACCGACUGCAAGACCACCGCAUCAGUUGAUGUGAAGCAGAAGCAACCGCGACUGAAUCUUAAACAGUGUGGCCGCCAGCCUAAGCAGAAGGGAAGGAAGUUGAUUCCAGAACAGGGAGAAUGUUCAGCCUGCAAGAAGUCCAACUUUGAGCCCAAAGUGGAGUGGGAGUCUGGAGCUUGCACCCACCGGCUAACCAAACCAGGCUACCAGUCGCGCAGCAUGCUAGCCUACCCGCUGAAGCCUGUCGUCAAAGAGGAGCAGGUUGAGGCAGAGCUGAGCCCGUACUACUGCUGCCCCCCAGAGGGCUCUGUGGAGUACUGCCACCGCCUAGCAUUGUUCCUGGGUCAGAAGGCCUAUGCCGACUCAGAAGAACAACCUUUAAACUCUGCAAUGACCUCUAUGAAGCGGGAGUGCCUGGUGACAUCGCCCUCCGUGGCCCACACCCACUCACACGCAGCCCUGACCCUCAGCCCCUGCCUCUGCACCGCCGACCCCGCCUGCUUCUCCAGCUACUACGUCCACAUCGCACACCCCGGAGCUCCGUCGACCACCCUCAGCUCGCGUCCUCUGAACUUUGGCCCCUCGACAAUGUGUCCCGGCAGGGUGUCUGGGUCCAAGCUGCUGGGUCCUCCGGUGUCCCAUGCCUCGACACUGGCCCACCCUGCUUUCUGUGGCUCAGUGGGCUCGCCCUACUACAGCAAGGCCUGCCGUGUCAGCGGCUACACCUACAGAGCCAUGCAGCCGGUCAACAGCAGGGGGUGCUCUUUCUCCACAGGCUGCUCCGGGUUUACACACGGCAUCAAGACAGAGGGUUACUCCUCCCCCAAAGGCGACCACAACCCCUCCCUCCUGGUCUCCCCCUCCCUCCCCCUCUCGGGCUGCCCCCUCCACACCACCCCCUCCUCCACCCAGGCCAAGCCCCAUCUCCUCACCCACCUGUCUGACCGCAGAGUGCCCCAUGCUAGACUGAAGCUGGCCAGGGAGUGCCCUGAGAGCACCAAGCCACCUAACGGUUAUCUGUCCAUGGGGAGAACCAGGCUGUCGCAGAAACAGCCAGCCCCGACACCCUGCCUAUCCCCCGCCAAGCAGAAGAUGGUCAGCCACCGACGGGCCACCAAUGGGUGGCUGCCUGUAGGAUUGCCCACGGAGAAAGAAGUGUUCAUUGCGGGGGAGGAUGAGACAGCUUUGCGGCAGUGUUAUGAAGGAGUACAGAGAGACAGCGAAGUGGUACGUGUCAGAGACACAGUGCUACUGCGCUCCGGUCCCCGGAAGAAGUCCCUGCCUUACGUCGCCAAGAUAUCGGCGCUCUGGGAGGACCCCAAAUCUGGAGAGCUGAUGAUGAGCCUGUUCUGGUACUAUCGACCUGAACACACACAGGGAGGCCAAGACUCCAGUAUGCACUGUGAGAAAGAGAUUUUUGCCUCUCGGCAUCAAGACGAGAACAGUGUGGCCUGCAUCGAAGACAGAUGCUAUGUUCUCCCACUAGCACAAUACUGUAGAUUUUGUGCCUUGGUGAAGCGGCGUGAAGAGGGGGCGCCCCCUGGCACUGCCAGAGUGGUCCCCUGCCCCUCGGACUUCAACCCCCCCGACCACCGGCAGGUUCCUGCCAACAUCAACCCUGAACUAGUGUACCUCUGCCGCCACGUCUACGACUUCCGCUACGGACGCAUCCUCAAGAACCUGCAGUAGGGGGCAGCAGAGGACACGCAAACACACCCACACACACCCCUAGUGGAGCAAACACACUCCUACACAUGGGGCUGAAGGAUGAGAGGGGGAACCCCUGAAGUGUUUUGGGGGGACCCCUGAUUGACCCUUGACCCCUGAUAGGCACUCGGGUCAGCUGGAGGGAGGCUGAAGGAUCAAGUAUCGGAAGGGGACCACUGAUAUCUGAGUGGGUACCUUAGCCCCCUUUACAACUGUAGCUAGGGAGCUGAAGUUUUGGCUCCCUCAACUGGAACUAUACCGGCUUGGAGAAGGGAGAGGUGGAUUCUUUCACAGAGAUCUGUUCCUCCACAUCACUUAAAUAGUUAAUGGUCCUGGUUACCAUGUGCAUCAACAGCCGUGUUGGUGACCUAACAAGAAGAGGAGCUGUGCUACCAGAGUGAUACUGGGCUUAUCAUGUCAUUGUUUUGAUGUUAGAGCCUGACGUAAUGACAAUGUUCUUCUUCUUCAUUUGUGUUUUUCUCUGAGGCAGCUGUGAUCGAGAGGGCACACACACUGAGAUUUUAUAUCCCUGCCGUGUGUCAGAGAGUGACGUAGUGGGUGUGUGUGUGUUCAGUCUGGGCUGCAGUGAAACCACAGGUGCAGGUUCACAAAGGAUCGCAGUGUUUCCCCUAUAUUUCCCCUAUGGUAAAUCGUGGCCGCCAAAAAAGUAUAUAAAGUACCAGUCAAAAGUUUGGACACACCUA